GAAAGAAAGAACGAAAGAGAUCAAAGAAGAAGCAAACCCUCUCGCUGUUUGAGUCACUCGAAGAGGAAUCUCGCGCGACUCGGCACACCCGCCCGUCUCGAUGAGAUUCGAACAAGACACAGCGUGCAGGGGUACCCACUGCGCCAGCACUCCGCAACCCUCCGCGCUGCAGCAGCGAUCACGGCUCGAGGAGGUGGUGGAGGAGGAGGUGGACUCCUCCGCGAAGGACAUCGACGGUCAACGACGUAGACGAGAGUUGGAGGCUAACGUGGUCGAGGGUGCAAACACGGGGCCGAGGGCCGAGGCGGGGGGGCCUGGGAUGGCGUACCCCGCGUCAGCGACGGCUCUGAAUCAGCACUCGGCCUUCGCCACCUCGAUCGCUGGCACGCCGUCCAGCAACCCGAACGGACACAUAUCCGGCGGCCACCUGCCGGCGCCGGCCGCCCCGCGACCGACGGACUUCAGCGUCUCCUCGUUGUUGACCGCGGCCACCACUCAUCCGCCGAUUCUAGGCGGCUCUUCCUCUCAGGGUAGCGCCUCGCCGCCACCCGGCGGACCGGGAAGUCCGGCCGCCGCGCCGGAAACCCCGCCACCGUUGCCGAGCCAGAGGGAAUUGUCCCAUCCGUCCUCGGCGGUCGCAGCGGCUAGCUACUUCAGCGCUGCCGCCCUGGCAGCCGCUGGAUUUUACAAUCCGGCGGCCCAUUUGCCGGCUACCAGCUCGCCAGGCCUCACUGCUCAUCAUCUGCAAGGAAAGGGGAUCCUCAGCAGCGCGCACCACCAUCCGCAUCUCAACCCGCACGGCAUCACGCCGCCAGGUUUAGGCUUGGGCCCGCAUACGCCAGAGGAAGCAGCCGUCCUGGCGGCCGCGACGGCAGUAUUGCACCACCAUCAUCAGGGUGGUCCCGGCGGGCCUGCGAUGAGGCCACUCAGGCCUCCGUUACCCCCGGGGAUGUUGCACACCUCGCCACACCCUCUGGCACCGCAUCACCCCCUCGCAGGCCCACACCAUCCCCUCGUGCCUCCUCUGCACCCUGAGGAGGACGGGGUCGUGGACGAUCCCAAGGUGACACUCGAGGGCAAGGAGCUUUGGGAUAAGUUCCACAAGCUCGGCACGGAAAUGGUCAUCACCAAGAGUGGCCGGCAGAUGUUCCCUCAGAUGAAGUUCCGAGUUUCCGGACUGGACACGAAGGCCAAGUACAUCCUCCUGCUGGACAUAGUCGCCGCGGACGACUACAGAUACAAGUUCCACAACAGCAGGUGGAUGGUGGCGGGGAAGGCCGACCCGGAAAUGCCGAAGAGGAUGUACAUCCACCCGGAUUCGCCGAGCAGCGGUGAGCAAUGGAUGCAGAAGGUCGUGAGCUUCCACAAGCUGAAACUCACUAACAACAUCAGCGACAAGCACGGCUUUGUAAGUACUACGAUAUUGAACUCGAUGCACAAGUACCAGCCGAGGUUUCACCUGGUGAGGGCCAACGAGAUCGCGAAGCUCCCCUACUCGACGUUCAGGAGUUACGUUUUUAAGGAGACGGAAUUUAUCGCGGUGACCGCCUAUCAGAACGAGAAGAUCACCCAGCUGAAGAUCGACAACAACCCGUUCGCGAAGGGAUUCCGGGACACGGGGGCGGGCAAGCGCGAGAAAAAAAGGCAGGCGCUGUUGACAGUGUCAGGAGGCGGCUCUCGUUUGACAGCAGGUGGACCAGCGUCCCCGGAGAAGCGGCGUUCGUCCAACUCCGUGAACGACCUCCUGGACGACGAGGACAAGCUGCUAGACGUCGUGGGGCCCGACACGCCGCAUCCGGCGCACCACCAACGCGAACGCGAGCACUCCCGCGAGAGGGACGACCGAACGAGCGAGAGGGGAGAGGGUAGCGAGUCGUCGGGUUCGGAGAGCGGCGGUGGAGCAGGCCCAACGAGUUCCGAGGGGCCCAGACCCGACGUGUCGGUGGGUCCACCGCUUCAUCCGCCCCUGCUACCGUACCUCUACCCACCGGUACCUGGCCUGUACCCGGGCCCAGGCCCUCUGAUACCACCCAGUCCCCUCGGGAUCCACGGCGGUGUCACCCCGGGCAUGCUGUUCAACGCGCAACUAGCCCUGGCCGCGUCCCAACAUCCGGCCCUCUUCGCGCACUACCCCCACCCCUUGGCCAGUCCUCUUCACCAGCUGAAAGGACACCGAUUUGCGCCGUACAGCUUACCAGCGCCGUCUCACGGCUCCGCGUUCGAGACCGUCACCCCUGGCAGCAGGACACUGAGUCCCAGGUCCCCACCUCCUAGGCCACCUACCGGAUCACCGACACCCACAGCUGGUCUCACGUCCGGCAGCAGCUCCGCCGGUGAAUUGAAGUCGAUCGAGAACAUGGUGAACGGCUUGCAAGAGAAGAGGAGGCGCAGCCCUAGUCUGACACCCGGUGGACACAGGGGCGACGCGGACGCUGGCGGAGGGAGUCCGUGACAGGAGAACGAGCCCGUGACCAGCACGAACGACGACCCCGAGGACGAGCAGCUGGCCGAAACCUGCG